GUGACUUCGUGGUAUAUCAUCCACAUCCAAUUAACCUUAAUGUUAUUUAAUGUUAUUAUUUUCUUAACAUUUACUAAAAAUCAAGUUUGAGAAUGUUUUUCUCACAAAUCAUCCGGAAAUUGGGUGCUCUUGAAUCAUCACUUAAUAGUAUCUCAUUUGUAAGUAGUCGAAAUGCAGGAAAUUAUAUCGAGAAACCCCUAAUUGGCCAUGGAAAAAGUUUUCGGCGUAUAGUACAUUAUCCAGAAGAAUACACUGUGAAACCUCUUGAAGUAACCAACUUGGGUGGAAGAGACCCUGUUAGUGGCCGGUUAGUAGUUAAAGGAAUAGGGGGAGGCAUUAAACAUAAAUAUCAUUGGAUAGCAUGGAAAAGAGAAGGUCCAAAAGAAGGCCCCCCACAAGUAGAAAGAGUUAUUAAAGUCAUUAAAGACGGUUGUAGAACCACUUUUGUGGCCCUUGUAGCUGUCGAUGAUAAAUUAAAAUAUAUUCUGGCAACAGAAAACAUGAAGGCAGGUGAUAUAAUAAGAACAUCUUGCUACAUCCCUAGAAUACCAGUUCGACCCUUUGAGGGCGAUGCCUACCCUCUCGGAGCUCUUCCUAUAGGAACUAAAAUUAACUGUGUUGAAAAAUAUCCUGGUCUGGGGGGGUUUCUUGUUCAUGCUGCUGGAACUUGUGCUACAAUUAUGAGAAAAGCAGCAAAUAAUCAUGUAGUUAUACAAAUGCCUAGUAAAAAGGAAUUUUCUUUGCCAGAAAUUUGUAUGUGUACUGUAGGCAGAUUGAGUAAUGGGGAACAUUGGAAUACACCUAUAGGAUCUGCCCAGAAAAAUAGAGAAUUGGGAAAUAGACCUAGAUCAGGAUGGUGGCAACGUAAAACUGGUCGUUUUGGUAGGAAAAUAAGAAGAUUGCCACCAGUUUUGACCAUUGGACCAAAACAACCCAGCAACUCUGAAGAAAUUAAAUUCACCCUUGAGAAUUAUAAUCAUACUAGGAAUUAAUAUAACAAAUUCAAUUGUUUUAUUUUUUUUUUGUAAGGAAUAAGUUCUAAUAAACUUUUACUGUUGAAUGAA